AACAGUAAGUUGGAGUGGCAACUUGCUAUAGUGUAUGUUGGGGACCACUUUGGCUUUCCAGUUAUCCCAGAAUGUCUCAGUUGGCUCAGAAGAUGCAAAACCAGCUGCAUCCUCCCAUUCUUCCUGGAGCUUGUCUUCAGUGCAUCUCUGACACACAGAUUGAAUCACACCUCGGACCAGCCCAAACCAGGGUUGCUCAUGUCUUGCGAAGCAUUGCAUCUUCUCUGCAAGAUCAAACCGAGGAGGCUCUCAGACCACUCUUGGACAGGAUUGAUAUCACCUCUGUAGCUGUUGCCAAGAGAAUUUUCAAUGGUGUCAUGGAAGAAAAGUUUGCUGAUGGAAAUACUAACUGGGGACGAAUUAUGACCAUAUUCACAUUUGGAGGUCUUCUCACCAAGAAGCUUCAGGAGCAUGGAGUUCAGCUAACUGCAGAGGAGAAGGAGCAGAUCUCCUAUUUCAUCACAGAGUACAUCAUAAACCACAAAGCUGAGUGGAUAGAUGCGAACGGUGGCUGGGAAAAUGGCUUCCUAACAAAGUUUGAAAGAAGAUCACUACUAUCUCUCUCCAAAAUUACAGCCCUGUUCAUAGCUGUUUUCUCCUUGCUCAGAGAGUACUACUGAAGUAAAAGGACCUGCCAUUUAUGUGUAAUCUAGGUAUUGCCACAACCUUCACUUCUCAGCCUUCCUCCAAGACAUAUCAACAAGAAAAUAAUUCCCUUCCAUAAUUUGUUUUUAAUUUAUUUGUAUUUAUUUUGACUAAAUACAAUGUUUAACAUGCUAUCCUAAUUACCAAACCUGAAGAUGAGAUGCCUCCUAAGAGGAAUCCACACAACAUCAUGCAGCAAUUCAAGUCUACCUUUCCAGGCAGGAUUGAGAUAAUUUUCCACAUCCAGACAGCUCUUGGAAUCUCUCUUGAAUCUCCAUGAAAGGACAUUGUUUUAGCGAAAUACAAUCCAAUGGGUUAAGAAACAAGUUUUUAUGUCAUUUGUUUUGUAAAUGAAAUACUACUGUAAUGCAUUUUAUUGCAAUCCUUGUAUAAGCCAAAGGGGGAGAUUUUUAUGAAGAAAAAAGGAAUGCAAAUUCCAAUAUAAAAGUGGUUAGAAGUUACUGACACAGACUAAGCAAUUUCUACGGGAAGAACUAUUUGUGGAAGCUAGCAACUUAAAAAUGUGCACUCACUUACUGUUACUGCAAUGGUAUGUGUUUCUGUGCUGUAUUUUUUAAUUGCCCAUAGCUACAGUGAAUGUUCUUUCAUAUCUGUGUGAUGUAAUCAUCUUGCUGAACUUUUUUAAAAAUAGGCAAUUAUAAAAUAUUUUUAAAGUGAGAAAAUUAUGUAAAUACACUAAU